AUGUCCAAUCCCAACCAUCUGACGGUCGACUACCGGUCGUCUACCUAUCCCCUGCAGUCGAUGCAUCCUCAAGGUUCUCAGCCCCUGUAUCCUCAGGGCUAUUACCCAGACCAGUAUCAACAAUAUCAACAACUUCUCAACGGCAACACCCAGCAACCGUACAACUCCUACUACAUGUUCGGUCAGGCUCAGCCCCAGCAAGCAGGUCAGCAACUGCAACUGGGACAGCCGCAAAGUCAAAAUCAACAAAGUCAACAAACCCACCAAGGCCAACAAAGUCAGCCAGGUCAAGGUCUGGACGCCACAUACGCGUACGGCCGGUACCACAACAGCUACGGUCUCCCGCCCGGGGGUUACGCGUCGUACCAAACGGUGCCGCAGGCAGGCGGAAGCGCAAUGGGAGCGCAACAGCAGCAGCUGCAGCAGCAGCAGAGUGGAGGAAGCAGCACUUUGACGCAACAACAACAACAGCAGCAGCAGCAGCAUCAGCAACAACAACAACAGGGAACCAGUGCGUUGUCACAGCCGCAGCCGCAGCAUUUCGUGCAGAUGUCAGGGCUGGCAACCUCCUCCAACAGCACACCGCUUCUGCUGGACACCUUGAAUGCUACCACCAACUCGUCGGUGGGCCAGUACCAGCCACCUGGAAUCCGACCCCGGGUCACCACCACCAUGUGGGAAGACGAGAAAACGUUGUGUUAUCAAGUGGAUGCCAACAAUGUGUCGGUUGUGCGCCGAGCUGACAACAACAUGAUCAACGGAACCAAAUUGUUGAAUGUAGCGCAGAUGACUCGUGGUCGCCGUGAUGGCAUUCUCAAGUCGGAAAAGGUGCGUCAUGUCGUCAAGAUUGGUUCUAUGCACCUCAAGGGUGUAUGGAUUCCAUUUGACCGUGCCCUUGCUAUGGCCCAGCGCGAAGGUAUAGUGGAUCUUCUCUAUCCAUUGUUUGUGCGCGACAUCAAACGAGUCAUUUUGACCGGUGUCACUCCAUCGUCGUCCGCCACGGCGUCAUCCGCUGCUAAUGCUUCUUCGUCUGUUGCGUCUACUGCCGCUACCGCCGCUACACCUUCGUCUGCAGUGGCUGCGAAAACUGCAGCUUCUCAAACCCCUGCAACUGCCCUGGCGUCUACUGCAGCACCGGGCCACACAGCAGCUUCUGGCCUCUCCUACGGCAACUACUACCUGGGCUACUCUCAAUAUCUCGCAAGCCAACGGAUCGGGAUUGAACCAAUCGCCGCAACAAGCGUCGGGAGAUUCGGCGCAAACCGCCGGCUCUGGCCAACAGCAACUGCAGGUAUACUCUUACCAACAACCAUACUAUACUAA